AUGGACAAUUUUCACAGAGCAGGAGAGGCGAUGCAUUACAGUGCCCCGGAGAAACAGACAUCACGAGCCUCCCCUAAGCGCAAAAGGGGCCAAGAAACACCGACCAUACCGAUACAUGCGGCAGGUUAUCCAAUCUUAGAAUCAGACGUAUACCUACCUGAGGUACCCAGUCCCAGCACGAAAGUCGUCGGAAAACUCCGAAAGCUGAACAUUGGGGACCACGAUUCAAAUCCACACAAGGAGGCUCAAGCUAGUGGUCUCCAGCGUCUACCUUUACAACCGAAGACUAGUACUGCACAUACUCCAUAUAACAUGUCGCCAAAGAUGCAAUUUACAGAGACAGAACCUGCCGGUGCAUCUGACUAUUUGAGAUACCAGGAGGCAGACCCGAUUGAGCAGGCGGCAACCUCAGCCAAUUUGCUAGAUCGACCGAAGUCACCCAAGCUAUCUGGGAAGGUCAACUCGUUCUAUUGGCAAGAUUCCGAGAUCACCGGCCACGACCCAAAGGACCCAGAUGAUGACUUGUACGGAAUCAAUGGCAUUGGGUUCAAACCCACGCCAGCAAUCGCGCAACAACGCUCCCAACAGAGGAAGAAGCAGCUCUUGGAGUACAGAAAUCGUGAGGCCAAAGAGGCUCGCCAGCAGAGGAGUGAGCGGAGGCGGAUGGCAUUGACAGACGGCCCAUAUAGCGAGCCCGGGCCCUCGAUUGGACAAGGUCGAGCGAGAGUUCGCUUUGAUAAUGGCUGA